GCGCGCGUGUCCCCAGGCUCCGGCCUGGAGCCGCGGGCCGAAGGGAGGGCGGGGUGGCAGCGCCGGCGGCCCGGGUCCUCCUGGGGGUGGCGUGCGCGGCUCUCACCUCCACCUUCCCGGGUCCCCUCUGCCUCGCCGUGGAAGGUGCCCCGCGUGGCCUCGGGUCCGGUCGCCUGCCCCGCGCCGUCCCGCGUGUCCCUGCGGGACCCGGAUCCCGGGCGCCUUCCUCGCGGACUGCCCGGAGGGCCCAGAGGUGAGCUUGCUGCCCCGAAGUCCGUAGCGGAGACCCGGGGCUCUGGGCGUGAGGACUUUCGGCUUUGGGGAAGGUUUAGACACACGCCGCCCGUGUCCCACCCGCGAAGAUGCCACCCCUCCCCCGAGAGUUUUAUUUGAUUUUAUUUUAAUAAGUUGACUCCUCCGUCGGACGUGUCGUAAAGCAUUCUAAAGAAUGACUGUCACCGGACAGACCGCCUCUAGCACGACGCGAAGCCUUGCUGUCACUUGGGGAGGAAGGAGAAGGAGCCAGGCCGCUGGCAGGAGCGCAGGCAGCGGCAGAGGUAGGCCAGGUCCAGGGGAGCCCGUCCCAAACCCAGGUGUCGGGCUUGAGAAGAACCCACCCUCCGUGGCCUGCAGGCUUCUGGCUCCUACCGCCGGUGCCUUUAGAGCGAGUCGGCGUGGACACGCACGUUUCAAGGAGCCGGGGCGUCCUGCGAGGCCGAGCGCGGAGAAAGGCCUGGAGCCGGGCUUGCGCCCGAGGGUCUCUCGGAAGGAGCUGGCGGCGCCGGCCGGGCCGCCUUGCAGCUUCGGUCGGCCCUGGGCUCUCGGGCGGGGCGCGAGGAGGCCGGGGAGCGGCGCGGGCCCGGGAGUCGUGCGCGCGGGCGGCGAGGGGGCGCUGUGGCCCGCGGCUGCGGCCUGGUCCCUGCAGCGGUGGCCCCGGCGCAGUCCCCGGCCACUGAACGGCGGUGGGCGCUCUCGCCCCGGCCGGGCCUACGUCUGCCCGCGUCGCUUUAACUUGGGGAAGAAGGAAAACUAGGCCGGGCGUUUCGAUGAACCCAAGCCGCGCACGGACUUGUUUCACUCUGUCUCACUGCCGGGUAAUAGGCGCAGUUUGUGGGGUUGGUGGCAACACUUACAAAAUGGAACGUGUAAUGGGGGGGGGGUGUCGAUUAAGGUGAACGUACACAUUUCCCCCCAGGGCUGUGACUUUCGCCACAUGGGCGUGGGCGCGUCAGGGCACCUGCCCAGCGUGUUCUGAAUCCCGGGUCGCUGCUGGCCCACGACUUCCUGGGGCCCUGCAGCAAACGCAGCCAGAAGGAGUCGGGGGUCACGAAGUUCGGAUCUGCAACUUCCUUUGUUUCCGUCUCCCUCUGUUUCUCGCAAAGCAGCGCUGGCCGCCUUGAACUGCGCGAAGAGCAAGUCCCAACGAGACGCCAAUCUCUCUCCGGCGCGGGUACCUCCGGGCUCGUCCGACGGGGCUGCAGAUGCGGCGCUCUUCGGAGGUUCUCAAACACGGUUCCGGUGAGACCUGUCCCCGCAGAGCGAGCGCGCGGGAGAACCCUGGCAGGCGGGAGUGGGGGGGUGGGGGGUCCCCUCGCCCCUGGCCUGGAGCCGCCUGCGGCCGCGCGGGAGGAGACCCGAGGGCGCAGCCCCCAGAGGCCGGGGGCAGCCCGUGGCGUCGGGACCCCAGCACCGAGGGCACCUCUCUGGCUCCCCAGGCACCGGUGUUUGGUUCCCGGUCGCUGACUCGAGCGUAGCAGCCAAGUGUGCGUGCCCCCCGCGGCGCCCGCCUCCGACGCGUCCCCACUUCCGCGCGUCCGGCGGCCUCUGGCCUCGGUCCCUGCCCGCCCCCCGCCUCCCCCCGGUCCGCGUCCUCCCAGCUCCUCUGCCGCCGCUUCCCCCGCCUCCGGCGCGCAGCCCCCGGGCCCGAAUUCCGUUCCCGGAGACCCGCUUCGGGAGCGUCCCGCGUGGGUCAGCGAUCCGCGCGGGAGGCAGGUGGGCGAGCCCCCCCCCCCCGCCCCCCUGGCCUCUCCCCUGCGCGCGCACGCGGACACGCGCCCGCGCGCCUCCGGGAGGGUCUCCCCGCUCCUGCGCGGACAGAGCGGAGGUCGGGCCGGGGCCUGGCUUCGUUGUGCUCCUGGUUCGCGUUUCGGCUUUUUUUUUUUUUUUUUUUAAGUGUUUCUGCAAGGCAAACAGUGUUCGGGACAACUCAGCUGCCCCCUCCCCG